UUCCAAAAAAUGGAUCCAGAGAUUGUCAAGGCAACAGCCGGAGCUUCUAAGAAUGCCUACGUGACGUUCUUGGCUGGCGCCGGCGACUAUGUGAAAGGCGUCGUUGGAUUGGCCAAGGGUUUGAGGAAAGUCGGCUGUGCUUUCCCGCUUGUGGUGGCGCUCCUGGCCGACGUGCCGGUGGAGCACCGCCGCAUCCUGGUGGAGCAGGGCUGUAUACUCCGUGAGAUCGAGCCAGCAUUCCCUUCUUCCGAUGCCGAUCAGAACCACACAUAUGUUAGGACUUAUUUUCUUCUCAACUACUGCAAGCUUCGCCUUUGGAAGUUUGUGGAGUAUGAGAGAAUGAUAUACAUGGAUGCGGAUGUGCAAGUGUUUGAUAACGUAGAUCACCUAUUUGAGCUUCCGAGUGGCUAUUUCUAUGGGGUGGUCGACUGCGUGUGUGAGAUGUCCGGCGAUGUCUGCCCGCAGAAGCUCCGGUGGCCGCAGGAACUCGGGCCUCAGCCCCCUUUCUACCUUAAUGGUGGCAUGUUCGUUUUCGAGCCUGAUCUCACCACCUAUCGUGAUCUCAUUCACACCCUCAGCAUCACCCCUCCCACCCCUUUCGCUGAGCAGGAUUUCUUGAACAUGUUCUUUAGAGAGAAGAUGAAGGUGAUUUCUCCGGAGUACAACCUAUUGGUGGCAAUGUUGUGGCGGCACCCUGAGGCUGUGGACGCGGAGAAGGCGAAGGUGGUUCACUACUGCAUGGAGGGGUCUAAGCCGUGGAGAUUCACCGGUGAGGAAGAGAAUAUGGACAGAGUAGACAUGAAGAUGUUGGUAAGCAAGUGGUGGGAUAUAUACAAUGAUGCUUCCUUGGAUUUCAAUGCCGCCGGCGAAGGUGGUGGUUCAUUAUAG